ACCAAGAGAAGGACUAAUUAUAUCUCAUCCCCAAGCUAACUUUUCUUCUUUCCAUGUUGGUUUUGCACUAAUCCAAAAGGUGGUCUAACACUUUCUGUUAACAAAUAUAAACCCUUUCUUGCAAUCAUAUCAACAACAGAGACUUAGAAACUUAGUGUUGUUCAUCUCUUUUACUCUCUCUUAUCAAUGGCAACAACAACAACAACAGCAACACCUAUGCCUGCUUAUGAAGAAGAGCUUUCAAAUGGAUAUCAACAUGGCUCAGGAUCAAUAAGGCCAUUCUUUGCUGUUAUGUCUGUGAUAUUGGUUGUGUUAGUGCUCUCAUGUUUUCUUGGAAGGUUAUGGGCUGCAAGAGCUGCUGGUCCAGAUGUCAGGUAUGACUGCUUAGCAUGGGCAAGAAGAAAACUUAAGCAUUUUUCUCAUGGUCAUGGCCUUAUCAGAGAAGUGAAGGUGGUGGUGGAUGGGCAAGAUAACAAGCAACAGCUGCCACAACCCUCCCCACAGCCAUGAAGUUAUAUAUAUAUACUACCAACUCUAGUGGCCUAGCUUGUUCUUUGUUCUUUAGUUUCAUUAAUUGCUGCAAAGCUUUGUAUUUUGUAUAGUGAAAGGGAGUGUGAUGUUUGAUUUAUGUUGGAAUGUGUUCUUUGGAUGGACUUUAUUGUGUUAG